CUCUGCUGUUGAUUCACUCAGCGGUGGCAGCCGGGGGGGGGGGGAGAAUCUCCAGAGGAAACUGGUUUUAUAUUUUCAUUUCAGAAAGAUUUGAUCUACAUCGGAGAUAAGAGCGUCAGGUGUGACGGACGGAACUCUGCAGACAGAGAUUAAUACUCAGAUAUCACGAAACAUGACUGAUCUUGCAGCUGACGUGUCUCUCUCGGCUGUGCAGUCCAGUCUGCACACUGACGUCCAGGCGCUGCUCAACGAGAUGAACAGCAGAUGUACUUCACAGAAAGGAUGGAUAAGAUGGAGCCUUGAGAAGAAGGUGGAGGUGGAUCCGUCCUGCAGCGUCUCCCUCAUCUCUGUGUUGGUCAGGGAGCUGGAGAAGAAGCUGAAGAAGAUGCAUAAAAUAGGAUCCCACGUGCAUGUCAUCCCGAUACUGCACACCCUCUACUAUGCAGUCAUUCAGUCAGGCUCCAUGAUUCCUCGCAGCCUUUACCAGAGAGUAGACGAGUGUUUGAUGAAGCUGCUGAUUUUACCGAUACCUUACUCGGCCGUGGCCCUGAGCACCUUGAGCAGCGUUAAGAUGGAAAUGAUCACACCAGGCUCCUUGUACCAGAGGAGAGUCAUCGCUGAGCAGAACCUGAAGAGCAAGCAUUGCACCUUGCAAGAAAAGGUGUUUGUUCUCGCAGACCCAGAUGUUUUUACUGCACAGCUGGAGGCCACAGUGAGGGCGUACCUGGAGGUGUCCGGCAUGUUCAGGGACACACCCACUGCCAUGGAGAAAAAUCUGAUGCUACGAGUGAUGCAGAAGGGGCUGGGGACGGCGUGCCGGAGCUCCAGACUGGCUCAGGCCCUGGAGGCUUUAGACGUUCAGAUGGUAGAGAAAUACUUCGAGGAAGUGGUCCGAGCCGUGGAGCAGAGUAUAAAACACGGUCCAGGCGGAUGCACAACGUAUCUGAACAGACUGCAACACAUACAGAAAGAGAUUUUAGCUGCUGCUACAGAAGAAGUAACCGAGGAAGAUUGUGGCUCCGUGAGCAGCAGGACGUUGUUAUUUCCAGAGAUCAAAUUCCUGCUGUGGACAAACGAAGAGGAUCUAUGGAGUCUUCUGGCAAACUUCUCCCUGAGGUCCAACUCCAACUCGAGUGUGGAUGGAGACGAGAAGGACAAAAGAGACGGGGCUGAGGACGGUGGGAUCAAGAGACGUCUGAGGGACGUGAGCGACUUGCAGGACACGGUGCAGCCUCUGGUCAGAAAUUCAUCUCCAGCAAUGUCACGGAGGAAUGCCUACAAGAGGGGAAACUCAGAAAAUAAACUGAGUCUGAUGAGGGAGAAGAUGGACACGUUUGCUGGGAGCCGUCGUGUCCAGAGAGACGACUGCAGGUGCCUCACAGCGCGGGUGGUGGUGAUGGGGGACGAUCGAGUGCUCGGGCGGCUCAGCAGGGCUUUCCUCUCUAUACGACAGCGAGAGUCCAAACAUCUUGUUUUGACCAAGAAGCUGAACCUGCAGUUGUACUACGUCCCCGUCACCGAUGUGGAGCCUCAGCCCAGUUCACCAGACGGCCCGUGUCCGGACAACGGGAGACUGUCUCUCGCCGGCUUGUUGGGGAGAUUGGAUCCCUGGUACAACAGCAACAUCAACAGUCUGAGAGCCACCAUCUCCAACCUGGCAACAAUGCACACGGAGUCGGAGUCGGAGUCGGAAAAGGACCAAAACCUCUUCCUGCUGGACACCCUGUGUUACUACCUCCGCUGUGGGACGCAGCCCGUGAACCUGCCCAUGUAUUCUGUGAAGAUGACGCGGUGCAGCAGUGACGCGUCCCCUGUGGUGGAGGACGUGUUCGUGUCCCAUCUGGAGGCCGACAUGCCAGAGUUCAGACACCUCAAAGAAAAGUUUUCAAAGGAUCCGUUCACACGCAGGAAGAAGUCGACGGUGAUCAUCCACGGUGCCGUCAUCACCGUCAGUUAUACAGAGACGUCUUUAAGCAAACGGAGAGUUGAAAGAGGAGAAGCUCUGAUGACGUGUGGCGUGGCGAUCACCUCAGAGCCGGCAGCUGUAACCACAGGUGAGGAUUUCCUCACGGUCAGUUUUGACAGCAUAAACCCGGGAAACAACAAAAAAAUCCGAACCCAAAACAUCAGCAUCAGGACGAUGGAGGAUCAAACCCUCUCCGUGUGUCUGGACAGAGACUCUCGCAGGACGUACACUGACGUCCAAAGACAUCUCUCCGUGCUUGGACCCAGGAUGCAGCCUCCGCUCCAAGUUCAGCGUCAGAAACAAGCGAGAGCUGCCGCUGAGCAAGUAUCUGAACAACGUCCUGUCGCUGCCCAUCAACACCUUCACAGGUGUGACCCCGUGAGGAACAUCAGGAACAUGAGGAACAUAAGGAACAUCAAGAACAUGAGGAACAUAAGGAACAUGAGGAACAUGAGGAACACGAGGAACAUGAGGAACAUGAGGAGCAUGAGGAACACGAGGAGCAUGAGGAACAUCAGGAACAUGAGGAACAUGAGGAACAUGAGGAACAUGAGGAACACAAGGAACAUCAGGAACAUGAGGAACAUCAGUAACUGGUCGGGUUGUGUCUUGUUGUGUUUUAUCUCGUCUCAUCUCGGGUUGUGUUGUGUUGUGUCACGUAAAAUUUCAAGAUGUGAUAAUAAACUAAGCUUCAAUUAUGUUUGUGAAACGUUCUCUUAUCACCGCCCACAGAUCGUAGUAGUUUAAUUCAGAUCUUGUUUGAUUCAGAUCUUGUGUGAUUCAGAUCUUGUUGGAUUCAGAUCUUGUUUGAUUCAGAUCUUGUGUGAUU